CGGCCCUCGCGCGCACUUCCGCCCCGCGGCCGCGCGCCCCUGGAGCUCGCAGGCGCGGCUGGGGGUUUCAGCGGCGCGAGGCGAUGAUGUCGCCGGAAGCCGAGACGAUUAAGACACGCUGUCUGGGAUACGCGCGCCGGCAGCGGACGGGAAAGUGACCGGCAAGGAGAGUGGGGGGCCCGGGCCAUGCCUGAGACCUGGACCUGAGCACCGAGGGAGUCCUGCCUCCGCCCGGGCUGGAGCGAGGCCUGCCUCUCGGAGUCGCACCCGCUCACCGCGCGCCCCCUGUUUGCAAGGCCCUGGACGAGGCCGCGGACAGAGUGGAUGAUGGGUGACGAGCCCGACAGCGAAGGUCAGGCGCGCGUGGGGGACCCCGGUCAGGACAGCCCCAGCGCGCCGGGCAGCCCCGCGGCCCCGGGCCCCCAGCAGGAGAAGGAUCUGGACGCUGGGGCCGCGGGGCCGGACGUUCAGCCGGGGCCCUAUAGCUACAUCCGGGCCGGCCUGUUCACCUCGGAGAUCUUUAAGUUGGAGUUGCAGAACGUACCGCGCCAUGCCAGCUUCAGCGACGUCCGGCGCUUCCUGGGCCGCUUUGGGCUGCAACCCCACAAGACCAAACUCUUCGGGCAGCCUCCUUGCGCCUUCGUGACAUUUCGUAGCGCCGCCGAGCGCGACAAGGCCCUGUGCGUGCUGCACGGCGCCCUCUGGAAGGGCCGCCCGCUCAGCGUGCGCCUAGCGAGGCCGAAGGCUGAUCCCAUGGCCAGGAAGAGGCAGAGAGAGGACGAGGGUGAGCCGCCAGCCUCCCAGGCCACCUGUAUCGCUGAUGUAGUGACCCCUCUUUGGACCGUGCCCUAUGCAGAGCAGCUUGAGCGCAAGCGACUGGAAUGUGAGCAGGUGCUGCAGAAGCUAGCCAAAGAAAUUGGGAACACCAACCGUGCUCUGCUGCCCUGGCUACUGUCACAGAGGCAAAAGCAUAACAAGGCUUGCUGCAUGCUAGAAGGGGUCAAGCCGUCACCCCAGCAGACUGAGUAUCGUAACAAGUGUGAGUUUCUGGUCGGCGUAGGGGUCGAUGGGGAAGACAACACGGUAGGCUGCAGGCUUGGCAAGUACAAGGGCGGUACGUGUGCUGUAGCAGCCCCCUUCGACACUGUGCACAUACCUACGGCCACCAAGCAGGUGGUGAAGGCCUUCCAGGAGUUUAUCCGGUCCACUCCAUACUCUGCGUAUGACCCGGAAACAUACUCGGGUCAUUGGAAGCAGCUGACCGUGCGUACCAGUCGCCGCGGCCAAGCCAUGGCCAUUGCCUACUUCCACCCCCAGAAGCUGAGCCCUGAGGAAUUAGCAGGGCUGAAGGCCUCUCUGGCACAGCACUUCACAACGGGUCCAGGCAAGGCCAGCGGGGUGACCUGCCUCUACUUUGUGGAAGAGGGCCAGCGAAAGACCCCCAGCCAGGAGGGCCUGCCUCUGGAACACGUGGCUGGGGACCAGUGCAUCUACGAGGACCUGCUGGGGUUGACCUUCCGGAUCUCCCCUCAUGCCUUCUUCCAGGUAGCAGAGCCACUGGGGACCAGGACAGCCGUGAGGGGUUGGCCUGUGGAGGUUUGGGAGAGGACAUUCACGUUGGGGGCCACCAGAACCACGGAGAAGGAAGGAGAUUUGGAAGAGGUGAACACACCUGCGGCUGAGGUGCUCUACACAGUCAUCCAGGAUUGGGCCCAGCUGGACACAGGGAGCACAGUGCUGGACGUGUGCUGUGGAACUGGCACCAUUGGCCUGGCCCUGGCCCGAAAGGUGAAGAGAGUAGUGGGGGUCGAGCUGAGCCAGGAGGCUGUGGAUGAUGCCCGAGUGAACGCCCUGGACAAUGAGUUGAGCAACGUGGAAUUCCACUGUGGAAGAGCUGAGGACCUGGUGCCCCCCUUGGUGAGCAGACUGGCCUCCCAGCAGCUAGUCGCCAUCCUGGACCCACCACGUGCUGGCCUGCAUUCCAAGGUGAUCCUGGCUGUCCGCAGAGCUGAGAACCUCAGACGGCUCCUGUACGUCUCCUGCAGCCCCCGGGCAGCCAUGGGCAAUUUUGUGGACCUCUGUAGGGCCCCAUCUAACCGGGUAAAGGGCAUGCCCUUCCGGCCAGUCAAGGCUGUGGCCGUGGACCUGUUCCCACAGACCCCGCACUGUGAGAUGCUCAUCCUGUUUGAGAGGGUGGAGCACAUCGAUGGCUCAGGGGCUGUGGAGCUCCAGGACCCUCCAUCCCCACCCCCACCAGAGCCCCUAGGUGACAUCCUGCAGGAAACUGGGGCUUCCCCACCUUCCUAGGCCCCUGGGGCAGUGGAAACCAGACCCCAUCAUGGGCCAAAAACAGGGCUCUCCAGUCUUCACACUGCUCUAGGACACUCAGAUAGCAGCUGCAGAGAGCAUGAGACCUGUGCUCCCCCUUCACCUGCCCCACCCCCACCCCCGCCAUCUAUUUUGGACUAGUUGGGCCCCAAGGGCUGGAAUAAACGUGCUGAACUACGUA